AUGACUUCUAGACUCGUUUUAUGCUUGGGCGACCUAUUCAUCCCGGACCGCGCCAAUGACAUUCCAGCAAAGUUCAAGAAACUCCUCACACCGGGCAAGAUUGGCCAGAUUCUCUGUCUAGGCAACCUCACAUCACCAAGCGUCUACACUUUCCUCCGAAACCUGGCGCCCGAUCUUCAGCUCGUCAAGGGUGACUUUGACAUCUCACUAUCAACUCCUGCUCCUCCGAACCCCAACGCUCCAUAUGCUGCUCCUACCGACCAGAUUCCCGUUCCUACUGCUCUCUCAAAAGUUGUCACACAUGGCGGUCUGCGCAUUGGCUUCACACAUGGUCACACCAUUGUCCCACCCGGCGACCCAGACAGCUUGUUGAUAGCUGCAAGACAGAUGGAUGUCGACGUCUUGUGCUGGGGUGGUACUUGCAAGUUUGAGGCCUACGAGAUGGAGGGCAAGUUCUUUGUCAACCCAGGCAGUGCGACCGGUGCUGUCAGUUGGUCAUCAGAUACCGAACUCGACUCGGAAGGCGAAGCAGUGUCAACGCCUGGCUUUGUGCUUAUGGAUGUCCAAGGAGACGUCCUCGUCCUCUACGUAUACCAGCUUCGCAAGGACCAGAAUGGUGUUGAGAAUGUGGCCGUCGAGAAGGUCUCGUACAGGAAAAACGCCUCUUCAUAG